AUGGCGGCGUUCCGUGUUCAUGAGGAUAUGGAAAAGGAGAAUCGGGUGCUUCAGGCCCUAGCAGGCGGUAAGAAAAAUGUAAUCCUUGGUUCGACUAAUGUCGUUCCGGCGGCAGCUGGGAAAAAUGUGCUUUUACCAUCCAUUGGCAAUCAGCAACAGCAGCAACGUACUAUGUUUAGCGUGCUGGAUAAUGUACAAAAUAACGUCGGAAAGAAUGUGGAAAAGACGGGGAAGGAUGCAAAGCUUAAAAAUCAACGUGCCGGCCCUUUGCCAAAGCCGGGCAAGGCAGGAGACGAGAAUGCGGUAGAAGCGAAGCAUAGUUUACAGUCUAAGGCCCAAAAAAAACCAUCCGCACCAGUGGAAGCAUUUAAAGGGUUUGAGAUAUAUGACGAAACUAAGGAAAAUUUGCCCGAAAUGUGCAUUCCCAAGAAAGUUGAUACGUUGCACGAGAAACGCGCUCCUUUGCAGGAGUUGAAACACGUGGAAUUGCUCGAAACGCCCAUGUCGGUGGCGGAAACCUAUUCCCCCAUGUCCGUGGACAAAUCGACUAGCCUGAUCGUCGUUGACCAAGGUCCCGUCCCAAGGAACGAUCGCGAGCGUUUCUUUGAGGUCGAAGAGUAUCAGGAAGACAUUCUUGUGUACCUGAAAGAGGCUGAAAAGCGAAAUCGCCCAAAGCCGGGCUAUAUGUUGAAACAGACGGACAUAACCUACUCAAUGCGCACGAUCCUUGUCGACUGGUUGGUGGAAGUUUCGGACGAAUAUAAACUGCAAGGAGAAACGCUCGCACUGGCCGUCUCAUACAUUGAUCGGUUUCUUAGCUUCAUGUCGGUAGUGCGCGCCAAGCUGCAGCUGGUCGGUACAGCUGCUAUGUUCAUCGCAGCCAAAUACGAGGAAAUCUACCCACCGGAUGUGAGCGAGUUCGUUUACAUCACAGACGACACGUACACCAAGACGCAAGUGUUGCGCAUGGAGCAACUAAUGCUGAAGGUGCUAUCGUUUGACUUGACCGUGCCUACAUCAUUGGUGUUUAUUAACAGCUACUGCGUAAUGAAUGACGUGCCGGAUAAGGUCAAAUACUUAGCGAUGUAUCUUUGUGAGCUGUCGCUAUUGGAAGCAGACCCAUAUCUGACGUAUAGGCCGUCAAAAAUAGCUGCUGGAGCAUUGGCACUAGCAAGACACGCACUCGAUUUACCGAUGUGGUCGAAGAUGCUAGAGAACAACACGGGAUACACGUUGCUGGAAAUGAAAGAUAUUGUAUUGGACUUAAAUAAAACGCAUAUCGAUGCGGCGACGAUGCAACAGCAAGCUAUUCAGGAAAAGUACAAAUCCAAAACAUACCUCGAAGUCGCAACCAUACCCGCUACUGAACUACCUAAGAAUUCGCUUGACAAAAUGUGUGAGAUUGCUGUAUGUAACGCAGCUUCUGCUUCAACUCUGCUGUUUGUUUAA